AUGGCACCAGACUAUUUCUGCUCCCAUGUUGAUUGCCAUUUUGGCAAAAUUGAGUACAAUGUAAACACUUUAAGGUCCGGGGAUCUGAAGGCUGCUUUCGAAAAGUACGGAAAAAUUAAGGACGUUUACAUCCCCUUGGACUUUUACACCAAGGAGUCCCGCGGGUUUGGAUAUGUGGAGUAUUAUGACCGCGAAGACGCUGAGGCUGCGUACGAUCGGCGCAGAGACAUCAUGGUUCUCAGAAAGCCGGUAACUAUCGAGUUUGCGCGCGGAAACCGCAAGUCGUCGCGCGAGAUGCGCGUCACUGAAACUCCAAUGCGUUGUCUUGCUAUUUUGUAUACUUUGUUUGUAUUGCUUGGGUUUUGGAUCUGUAUUUGUGCAUUGACGGGCGGGACAGCAACCGCUCGCGCAGCCCGCGUCGCAGCAGAGGCAGCCGCCAACGCAAAAGCAGCUCUAGCCGCAGCCGCAGCCGCAGCCACAGUCGCAGCUCUAGCCGUAGCCGCAGCCGUAGCCGUAGUCGCAGCAGGAGCAGCAGCCGCAGCCGUAGCCGCAGUCGCAGCCGCUCGCCAUCCAGCCGGCGGUACCAGUCUCGGCGCCAUGACUCGCGGUCGCCCAGCGUGUCUCGCUCGAAGACCCAUGGACGUGACACACGCUCCAGAAGACGCCGCUACUCCCGCAGCGUCAGCAGCGAUGCCAGCAGUCGCAGCCGUAGCCGUAGCCGCAGUCACAGCAGGGGUCGCGGCGGGCGUCGUGGGCGUGCCACCGUCGUAG